UGGUAACUCUUGUGGUCCAGAGAAACCGAUACGCCCCAGUUUUCUCGCCAUCAAGCUUCUCAAAAACCAUUCAACACACCUUUCCAGUAGGAAGUGAAGUACUGUCUGUUAAGGCCUAUGACAACGAUACUGUGACACCAUAUGGCGAUUACGAUUUCUCCAUGAACCGUGUGGGAAAUGGACCAGAGUACUUUGAUGUUAGCCAGGCUGGCCAGAUCACGUUGAAGAAGGACUUAGUGGCUGAUUCCGCUCUGGUCUAUACUAUGGAGGUUGUGGUUACUGACAAGGGAGGCCUAUCGGACACUGCUUCUGUGACAAUAACCGUAGAGAGAAAUCUGAACUCCCCAGUGUUCGUGGGCAGUGGCCAGUACAGUGUUACUAUAGUGGAAAACUUCCCACUGGCAACACCUGUUGUUCAAGUGUCGGCCAGGGACCAGGAUUUAACUGCUCCUCACAAUACGGUGGUGUUCAGCAUUACAUCAGACAGUCGUUCUCAAGAGUACUUCACCAUCAACAACCAGGGAGAAGUCAUGCUGAAGAAAUCACCUACUUUGGACCGCACCAUAACCUUCUUCCAGAUGACGAUAGGUUUAAGAGAUGCGGGUCUUCCAGCCCCACGAAUUGCCAACAGCCAAGCUAGUGUCUUGGUGAACAUCUCCCGUAAUUCUGCAUCCCCGCUGUUUUUCAACCAGACGUACGAGGCAACCAUCGACGAGAACGUGGCCACGGGGUUUUCUGUAAUCAAAGUAUCUGCUGUGGACACCGAUCAAGAUCCUCAGUUCAACCAAGUAAGCUAUGAGGUGAUUGGGGAUGAUACAGCUGGUAAUUUCUUUGCCGUCGAUGCCAAUGGUCAAGUCACAACAAAGGCUGAUUUGAGACUCGAACCCACAGACGAAUAUUUUCUGCGUAUUCGUGCCAAUGACAAUGGAUCUCCACCUCGCAGCGCAGAAGCCGUGGUGAAGAUCAACGUGCGCAGGAACUUCCAAGCUCCUCAACUCAAUCAGAACAGCUAUAGCUUCCAGCUGAUGGAGACCUUUCCAGUGGGAAAUGUUUUCUUGACCAUAUCUGCAACAGACACAGAUGCCCAGCCCCCAAAUAAUGUUGCUCAUUUUGAGAUAGUGAGUUUUGUACCCCCAGCUGAGGAAUACUUCAGGAUAAACAGUGUGACGGGUGAGCUCUCCCUUAUCCGUUACCUGUUUGAUGAUCCUAACGGCACAAACGUAUAUCAGUUCCGUGUGCGUGCAUAUGACUUGGGCAGCCCGCGCUUGACCAGCAGCGAGGCGCCCGUCAACAUUGAGGCGUUGAGAAACCUGCAUGCUCCAGCCUUUGUCAGACCCUACACCCAGGAGAUUCCCUAUGAUGAGGCCGUCGGCACCUCUGUUUUAACCGUAUCUGCCUCGGACAGUGACCCCCAGACUCGGUAUGGCAUCGUGAAGUACAGGAUUCUGGGAGAUGACACGGCUCCGAACUUCUUCAGCGUUGACCCUACUUCGGGAGAAAUUACACUGGGUGCCUCCAUUCAGACAGAUAUAUUGACGAAUUACAAGCUGAGGGUUGAAGCCUAUGACAAUGGACAACCUGCCAAGACGGAUGUUACCGUGGUCAACUUCAUUGUGAACCGAAAUUUGUAUUCACCAGUGUUUCAGAAUUUGUUUUACUCUGUGAAUAUUUUUGAGACGCAGAGUUUGGUGGAUAAUAUCCAGACUGUGAUUGCUGAUGACCAGGAUUCUCAGGCACCCUUCAAUCAAGUGACAUACUCCAUUGAAGGCAUUGGCCAGGCUCCAACAUAUUUUGGUAUUCGGAACACUCUUAACCAAGGUGAAAUAUUUGUCCGACGGCCACUUACAGAAGACACUCUGUCAACAAGGCAGUACACGUUAACUGUUCGAGCCCGAGAUGGUGGAAGUUCCAGCCUUCAGUCUCCUCAGCUGGCCCAGGUUCUGGUCAAUGUCACCCGGAACUUGUACGCCCCACGCUUUAUACAGCAGACCUUUUCCACAGAAAUCUCCCUCACCCAUCCCCCACAGUCCAGUGUUUUUACCUUAUCCGCUGUCGACGACGACACUGCUCCGAUCUAUAGUACGGUGUCCUACCAAAUAACUGGUGAUGAUGGUGCCCAGAAUCUAUUCAGGAUCGACGCCACGGGAACCAUUUUCCUACUCCAGAGUAUACAGUUUUCGGGUGUGACACAGUACAGGGUCCGUGUGAGAGCUUUUGACGGAGGGUCACCACCAAAAGAGAACUUCCAGGUUGUGACGGUGUUGGUAAACAGGAACUUGUUCCAGCCAGCAUUUAACCUGCCCAUUGGUCCUGGAUAUACAGACUCGGUGGCCGUCAGAGAAACCAUAGAUUUCAGCUAUUUGGUGUAUGUGGUGAACGCGUCUGAUCAAGAUGCUUCCUCCCCUUACAACAGCAUCCGCUACUCAGUAGUCGGGGACGGAGAUGCCACGGAUGUGUUUGGUGUGAACUCAGCCACUGGUGCCAUCACCCUGAAGAGGCUGUUGCUGCAAGAUCGCUCGGUGUCUACGUACGCUGUACGCGUCAACGCAGAGGACGGUGGCUCUCCCCCACUGGCAGCUGCACAGCAGGCACUUAUCACUGUCAAUGUCAUCCGCAAUCAGUUCACACCUUACUUUGUUCAGCUGCCGUACGAUCGUUCUAUCAGCCAGUCGAUCGCCCAGGGUGCUCCUAUUGUACAGGUUUCGGCUAGAGAUGAUGACAGCAGCUUUAACAACGUGCGUUAUGAAAUCAUGGGAGAUGGACCAGCCACGGUGUAUUUUGGCAUUAAUGAAUUCACCGGUGAGGUGAGGACAAAGUCUGUGCUCGCCUCUGAUCCCACGACCAGUUACACGAUCAGGGUUCGCGCCAGUGAUGAUGGGAACCCAGCUCUCAGCAACACGACCACCUUCACUGUGAUAGUGGAUAGGAACCUGAACAAACCGGUAUUUACACUGCCCAUCCAGGUAACGGUCACUAUUCCAGAGACCCAGCAACCAGCAGAUAGCUUCUAUGUGGUCUCAGCCUCAGAUGCUGACACCCAGAUACCCUUCAACCAGGUGAAUUACGAGAUUGUAGGAGAUGCUAUCGCUCAGGAAUACUUCACUGUGGAUGCCAGCACGGGAGCAAUCUCGGUUAAGAAGACCCUUACCGAGGAUGCUCUGAGGAACGGCUACAGCUUAGAUAUCAAUGCUUAUGAUCUAGGCGAUCCCCGUAAAGAUUCCGAUGUGGACAAGGUGAUUGUGGUCCAAGUGGAGCGAAAUGCUAAUGGUCCAAUAUUUGCUGGCUCUCCCUACACAAGGGAGCUUAGAGAGGAUGCCCCACUGUCAGGAGCCAUACCCCUUAUUACGGUCACCGCCACUGAUGCGGAUAGAACGAGCCCCUUCAACAAACUGAGCUACAGCAUGGUUGGGGAUUCUCCAGCAGAGCGGUACUUCUCCUUCAAUGAAUCUGAUGGUUCAGUGCGUUUGGUUAAUGACCUCAGGGAUGGCACGGACCUUGCUUAUACGCUUCGUAUCCAGGCUAGAGAUGGUGGGUCCCCACCACGUCUGUCCUAUGGGAUUGUGAACAUUGUUGUGAAGAGAAACCUCUAUGCCCCGGCCUUCAACCAGACUAGCUUUACCGGGCAGGUGAUGGAGACGUACGACCUGAACUCCAGUCCGGACAUCCUCACAGUAUUUGGUGCUGACCGUGACUUCAGAGCACCUUACAACACAGUGCGUUACUACAUAAGUGCUGCUGCGGGCAGUUCGCUGGGUCGUCAAUACUUCAGCCUAGAUCCGGUGACUGGUGCACUCAAAGUGCGACAACCCCUGACUGGUGAUACCACUACAACCUACUCGUUUGACGUGACAAUCAAUGACCUGGGAGACCAAAGAGGCGAGACAAGACUGUCCGGAUCCAACUCCAGAGUGACCAUCCAAGUGAUCCGUAACCUGUUUGCACCGGAGUUCAGCGGCUUGCCCUACGAGACGACUAUGAAUUACACUGCUAACCAGGGUGACACUAUCUUCACUCCGACUGCUUCAGACAGGGACACAGUGGCGCCAUUUAAUCAAUACACAUACAGAAUGGAACCAGAUGGAGUAUCAUCUUUGUUCUUUAACAUGCUGGAUGCAUCAACAGGCACCAUCCGACUGAGGCAGAGCGUUAUUGAUGACAGUGCCCUUCAAUACCGGGUGCGAAUUGUGGUGGAAGAUGGUGGCACUCCUCCGAAGACGAACACUGCCACAGCCACCAUCAGUGUUAACCGGAAUCUGUUUGCUCCGGUCUGGGAGGGGUCCCAAUCUGUGGUAACGGUCACCGUGGACGAGACCAUGAAGCCUGGGUCGGGAGUGUACACUCUACGAGCAACAGAUAACGAUCUCCGCGUCCCAGCUAACAUCGUGAGAUACCAGCUCCAGGGUCAGUCCGAGCAGUUCAGUGUUGAUCAGUACACCGGUCAGGUAUCUGUCCGCAGGCCGCUGACAGACUACCCCAGCAGCUCUUACCAGCUGGUGGUUGUAGCCAGAGAUGAAGGACUACCAAAUUCCUUGAGGAGUACCCCUCUGCAGUUAAACAUCAAUGUCAACAAGAACAAUUUCCCCCCAGUGUUCUACUUGGAACCCUAUGCCAAAAUUGUUAGAAUGGAUCUUCCUCAGUUUUCAUCAGUCAUUGAUGUGUAUGCCAAUGACUCGGAUUCUUCCACAACCUUCAACACAGUGGAGUAUGCUAUCGUGGGCGACAGUCAAGCUAUGUCUAUGUUCUCAAUCGACUCGUCUUCUGGUCAGAUUCAACUCCGCCAGCCAUUGGUCAAUCCCCAGGAAACUUACGAUCUUGUGGUUACAGCGUCUGACAAAGGCAGUCCCCCAAAAGAGGAUGUAACGCUCGUAACGGUUUCCAUCAGUACGAACCUAAACGCCCCGCGCUUUGUCACAGUCUCUCAAACCAUUACAAUCCUGGAAACGCAGACGCUUGGAGAUACAUUAUUCACACUUCAGGCUGAAGAUGCAGACUCUUUGUCUCCUAGUGAUCAGGUGUCCUUCUUCCUCACUGGAAACACCGAGGCUCAAAAUUACUUUACUGUAAAUCAGUUCAGUGGAGAGAUAUCCCUAACACGCUCUGUGUUAGAUGACCCGAACAGAUUAACAACCCAGAGCUAUACGCUAAAUUUCCGUUGUGAGGACCGAGGCUCCCCAGUUAACCAGUGCACAAAUCAGUUAACCCUCAACGUGAAUGUCAACAGGAAUCUCAACACACCUGAAUUCUCCGGUUUGCCUUACCAAAAAACAAUCCCAGAGACCUCUCCUACAGGAACGUCUGUUGUCCAAGUCACAUUGUCUGACCGCGAUACUGUGGCACCGUUCAAUUCUGUGAUUCUGCGAUUCAUAGGAGAUGGCAGUGCAACUUCCUUCUUUGACCUUGACUUUUCUUCUGCAAACCCCAUAAUCAGAGUCUCCAACCAAUCCCAGUUGUUGGCGGACACAGGAGAGUUUUACACACUUCGAUUACUGGCAGAAGAUGAAGGAAAGCCACCGCUGUCAGCCACGGUUUUGGUUGAGAUAACGGUUGAACGAAACUUGUAUGCUCCGGAAUUUUUGCAUGGAAUACUAAUUACAUCAAUCCCCAUCAAUUCUGUUCCAUCUCGACCAAUAAUCAUGGUGAAUGCCACAGAUCGUGACCGCUCGUCUCCAAACAACGUUGUGACCUAUUCCGCUGUUGGCGACGAUCGAGCACCCGAAUAUUUCUUUGUGAGAGGAUCGGAUGGACAAGUGCUUCUAACAAAGACCCUGCCCAGCACACCACUAUUCUACAGGUUGAGAGUUAGGGCGACUGAUGGCGGUGAUCGUCCACGUUCCAGCGAGAUGACCGUGGAGAUAAGCAUUACCACCCGUGGCCAACCUUUAGCGUUCAGUUUGCCCAGCUACGCUGAGACGGUCACCGAGAACGAGCCCGUGGGGAACACCAUCAGACCAAUCACAGCCAGUCCAGGGCCUGGAAUCGUGUACAGUUUGAAUGGGUACAGCUCUGGACCGGAGUUCUUUCAGAUUGAGCCGGUGUCUGGCAAUGUUGUUCUGGUGAAAGAUCUCAAAGAGGAUGCAGCAAAGCUUACACAGUAUUUCUUGAAUGUCGUUGCCACGAAGACUGGGUCUGUUUUUGGGACGGAGACGGCCACAGCUCAGGUGAACAUAACAGUACAGAGAAAUGUGAAUGGUCCCCAGUUUACGGAGGCGAGCUACUACAGAGAAGUGCCCGAAACGCUGCAGCUGGGCUCCUCCGUGGUGCAAACAUCGGCCACAGACAAUGAUGUCAAUGAUAAAUUAACGUACAGCAUUGUGCCAUCAGUGAGUGGGACGGAGAACUUCUUCUACAUCAAUCCCAACACUGGUUUGGUUUCUCUACAACGCUUGUUGACUGGUACCACAAAUUCCCUACUAGAGUUUGAUGUUAAAGUCGGUGACAACGGCCAGCCGUCCAGAGAAGCCUUGUCUCGUGUAGUAGUCAACGUGACCAGGGAUCGCUUCCCUCCCAUCUUCCAGUCGCUGCCAUAUUCUACCAUCGUAUCCGAGAAGACUGGCCUAGGUGUCUCUAUCUACAAUGUGCUGGCUACAGAUGAGGAUCUCCAGGGUAGGAUGAUGUACGCCACUGAUGGUUACUUCUCUGCUCCUUGGUACUUCUCUGUGAACUCAACCAAUGGUUCCAUUCGAGUUCGCUCCAAUCUUCGUGACGACAGGCUCCAAAGCUACACACUCGGUCUGUUAGCUUACGACUCUAACAACCCAAAUGAAGUCGCCCGAGCAAACGUUACCAUCAUUGUGCGACGAAACGAAAAUUCCCCCCAGUUUACUCCCAAUGCCAAAACGACGACUAUUCCAGAGACGUUUGGGUUGGGUCGUGUGAUAGACACUAUGACGGCCACAGAUAAUGACAAUGAUGCUAUACGUUACUUCCUGGAUGGCACAAGUAGCUCAGUAAAUGCCAGUCAGUAUUUCCUGGUGCUGGAGGGAACUGGGGAAGUCGUUGCCUUUAAAUCCCUAACUACUGCUCCACUGGACUCUUACACUGUGUCCGUAAAUGCUCAAGACACGGGUUUUCCUAUGAAAACUAGCGUGACCAAUGGUCAGUUGACGAUAAUCAUCACCAGGAACCAGUAUUCUCCAGAUUUCAACUCUAAUCGGUACACGGUCACCAUAAACGACACACAACCUGUGGACUCGUCCAUUCUCCAGGUGUCUGCCACGGACCGCGAUGCACCAGGACCAUUCUCGGAUGUGCGCUAUGACCUGCUAGGAGACGAAACCACACCUGUGUAUUUCAGAGUAGAUUUGAUGACCGGAAACAUCUUUGUGAAAAGUGCUCUGAGUACACAAAACACACCUGUCUACAGGGCUCGGAUCCGUGCCCGUGACUUGGGUAGCCCUGCUCGAAGUGCCACUGUCACUGCCAUCAUUAAUGUCAACCAUAACCUCAACACACCAGCUUUUGUGGAUAACACUUACGAGCGAACCAUCCCCGAGGAACAGGCAGUGGGUGUGUCCAUCCUGCAGGUCUCCGCUCGAGACCAAGACGCAUUCUCUCCAUAUAACACGGUGACCUUUGGCCUGGAGGACCCUCUAAGGGCAGGCUCCAACCCAAUCAGCUACUUCCAGCUCGACCCCACCACAGGCAUCCUCUCCCUUAAGCAGCCAGUGUCUCUGGACUUAGCGGAUACACCAGUCUACCAGUUUCAAGCCACAGUUCGUGACGGAGGGAGCCUAACAGGUCAACCAGCCAAUAUUAUCAUCACGGUGAACCGAAACAACUUCUCCCCAGAGUUCAUCAACUUACCUAACACAACAGCAGUGAACUUCAACACCAACUUAGGUUUCCAGGUGUUCUCUGUACAGACCAGAGACCAAGAUACUGUGAACCCUUAUGAUCAAGUUUUUUACAGUAUCAUUGGUGAUGACAAAGCUACUGGGUAUUUUGAUAUUGGACGACAGACUGGGAUCAUCACUACCAAAGCUAAUCUCCGCACGGACAACUCCCAAAGAUAUACAGUGCGUGUGGUCGCACAAGAUGGCGGUAGUCCAAGUCGCAGUGCUACAGCAACUCUGGCGGUAACGGUCACCAGGAAUUUGUUCACGCCCAUCUUCAUCCAGCAAAACGAAACCCUGACUGUCCGUGAAAAUGAAGAUCUGGGAAGAACCCUUGUUACUCUCAGAACGGAAGACAGAGACAUCUCCGCCCCGUAUAACACCCGGAUUUUCUCCAUUAUUGAUGACGCGACUGUCCAGGAAUACUUCCAAGUCAACAGCCUUGGAGAAUUCUCGUUGAAGAAAAGCCUAACCCUUAUCCCCAACAUCAACAGUUUAAUUGCCGAGAUCAGUCUGAGAGAUGGCGGCAGUCCUUCCAGAACAUCCCCACUCAAUGCCUUCAUUUCAAUCACCAUUCUGCGAAACCGUAAUGUCCCCUACUUUGUGGGUGAGCCCUACAGGCGUGACUUGGGCCAGAGCACGACAGCUGGCACCACAGUUCUGACAGUCACCGCAAGGGACAAUGACCCUCCAACCACACCCUAUGGAACAGUUGUCUUUGACCUGAUCGGUGACGAUGGAGCUCAGACAUUGUUUCAGAUUGGACGCACCAGCGGAGUAAUCACUAUCAGGAAUGAUCUGGCCAGCAGCUCCACCAAUAAAUACACGCUGCGUGUGCGAGCGCAAGAUCUUGGGGUUCCCAGUAACUUCAACACGACCCUUGUGACCAUUACGGUGUCGACAAACUUCCAGAGUCCGCGUCUGGUAGACACCAAUACCUACACUGCUACAAUCCCGGAAACCACGAGCCUGGGCAAGGUGCUCAUGACCAUAAAGGCAGAGGACAAUGACCAGUUUACUCCAAACAAUGAAGUUCGUUACGAGAUCACUCAAGGUGCGGACAGCUUGGCGUGUUUGGACAUCAAUGACGUAACAGGCGAGAUCUACCUAAAGAGCUCUUUACUCAAAGAUCCAUGCAAACAGUCAACAUUCAACAUGAGAGUGAGAGCCCGAGAUCUUGGUACCCCGAGUCUGUCCAGUUCCGAAGCCACAGCCACAGUUAUUGUUCAGAGGAACUUGAACGCGCCCAGGUUCCUUAACCCCGCCAACUAUGUGACUCUGAUUAAUGAGACUGUCCCUGUGGAGACCGUUGUGCUGGUCGUAUCUGCACAGGAUGCGGAUAUUGUGGAUCCAUUCAACAAAUUCACGUUCCAAAUGGUUGGAGAUGAUGCAGCUCUGUCUUACUUCCGUGCCAACGAGACCACUGGGGCGAUCAUAUUGACGAACAGUGUGCUUAGCGACACCAGAGUCCAGUAUAAGGUUCGCCUCCAGGUAACAGACGGUGGAAUUCCCGCUUUGUCUUCCUUUGCUGUGGCCACCAUAAAUAUCCAGCGCAACCUUUAUCGCCCUGUAAUCUCCCCGACUGAAUAUAACGUGGUCAUCCUGGAGACGGUGGAUUUGGGCGUGGAGAUUGAGCGCGUUACGGCCACAGAUUCGGACUCGCGGGCUCCCCAGAACAGCAUAACGUUUGAAGCUACAGGCUCAGCCGACGCGCUGGAGUAUUUUACCGUUCGCUCUGACGGCAGCAUAUCCGUCAAGAAACCCCUUACAUUGGACAGCAGAGACACACAGCUCUAUGAGCUGACGGUCCGUGCUCGUGACAACGGCAUACAGAGGCAACUUACUAGCGCAGACUUUGCUCGUGUCCGCGUCACUGUGGUCAGGAAUAACUUCUGCCCCCAGUUUGUAAACAACCCACCGUUUUUGACCAUUCCACGCACCCAGCAAACCGGGCAGGUUCUCGUCAACAUGACAGCUGUGGAUCAAGACAGUCAAGAUGUCCAGAAUGCAUUUGGCUCGCUGACCUACAGUAUUAUAGGUGAUGAUAAUGCCAACCUAUACUUUGGUGUGGACAGUAUUGGUGGAAUUUUCGUUUCUAAUUCCCUUGAGGGAGAUACCAGCACAACGUACAGGAUUCGACUUCAAGUCACUGAUGAUGUAUGCAGCCCGACGGAUACUCUAGUGACCGUCUAUGUAGAGAGGAGCUUGUUUGCACCUGUCUGGCAACCAAACUCGACCUACGUGACCACAGUGAAGGAAACUCAUGAUGUUUUGGUCCCCGUCACACGAGUGUCUGCUAUUGAUCAGGAUCUUAAGAGUCCCCAUAAUGACGUUAUCUACGAGGUGGAUACGACGUCUCCAAACCAGGGUCUAUUCAGAGUAGACGCGGACUCUGGAAAUGUCUUCCUCAGACGCUCAUUAAUUAAUUCUGGCGGCAGUUCCUUCAUUUUGCGUAUGGUAGCUCGUGAUAAUGGUUUCCCUCAAAAGACUAGUCAAGUAGCGACUUUGGAGGUGUUUGUGCUUAGGAAUGACUACUCUCCGUACUUCGUACCCAACCCGGCCUAUGUUAUCCAGGAUAUACCACAAAACAGCCAAGUCAACUCUGUGAUAGGAACAGUCACUGCUCGGGACAACGAUACUGUGGACCCGUUCAACACAAUCCGCUACUCUGUUAUUGGUGAUGAUUCCUCUCCGACCUACUUUGGUGUCAACAAUGUCAAUGGUGUGGGCCAGGUAUUCCUGAGGCAGGCCUUAACCACAGAUCCAGCUACAACCUACCAUUUAAGAGUGAGGGCGACUGAUGGCGGUAACCCGCAGAAAUCUGCGGUUGCUGUGGUUACCAUAACAGUAGACAGGAACUUGUUCCGCCCCAGUUUUAGCAACUCCUCUCUGCGUCAGACAAUUUUUGAAACCCAAGAGUUGGGAUCCCCAAUAAUCAUAUUGUCUGCCGAGGACAGAGACAUUGUGAAGCCCAAUGGAGAUUUGAGGUACACGAUAUCUGGCGAUACCGAGGUUCUAAAAUAUUUUACAGUGGCCGAGGAAACCGGGCAUAUCUACCUACAGCGUUCCAUCAACAGACAGAACCCAAUGCGGUAUCGGUUUCAAGCCACGGCUCAUGACCUGGGCAUUCCAUCCAAGUCCUCUGCAAACAUAUCAAUCACCAUUGAUGUGAUCAGGAACUUGGAGAGUCCAACGUUUGCAUCCCCCACUUUCACCAUUACGAUCCCGGAGACUCAGGCUGCGGGCUCAUCUAUCUUCAGCAUCUCUGCGGUUGACAACGAUCUACCGGGUCCAUUCAGCACUGUCAGUUAUCGGGCAAUAGGAGAUGAUACUGCUCCGGUCUUCUUCGAGGUGGACGACACAAACGGUGAAGUGAGCGUGAAACCUACUGUUGAUCUAAGCACCGACAACACAGAUCGUUAUGUGCUACGAGUUGAGGCAAGAGAUGGUGGCCAGCCAGCCCGUACAAAUGUGACGACAUUGACCAUAAACGUUGAAAGGAAUCUAUUCGCACCAGUCUUUAACACCUCUGGGAUCAUACGCAAAACAAUCCUGGAGACUGAGGCCCCGGGCUUCCCAAUUGUACAGCUCUUUGCUCCCGAUGCUGAUGACUCUGCUCCAAACAACCAAGUGACCUUUGAAAUGGUGGGCGAGGGAGAUGCUACUAACUAUUUCUUUGUCCAUCCGGAUAAUGGAAAAGUAACCCUUCUGAGCUCAGUGAAAAACACCAAUUCCAGUUUUUAUCGGUUGAGAGUACUUGCCAGUGAUGGCGGCCGACCAACUCCGCGGACAGACCUACAAACCAUAGAGGUCACAGUGGCCCGAUCAGCGGGAAAGCUGCAAUUUGGAUUACGUCAAUAUGAAACGGAAAUUCCAGAGAAUGAACCGGUCAGCAGUCUUAUUUUGACUGCCAUUGCUCAGCCAGGGGCUGCAAUUACCUAUCGCAUCCUGGGUUUUGGAUCUGCGGACUCGUAUUUUUCUGUGAACAACAAUGGUCAGAUCCGAGUGAAGACUGACCUACGUACAGACCCUACUCGACUAACUCUCUAUCAGCUGCAAUUGGAAGCUCAAAGCCAGGAUGUGGUCAGUCAGUCUGCCACCACCCUUGUCAGCAUAACGGUCAGAAGGAACCUAAACGAUCCCGUGUUCCAACGAACCCCUUACCAAGAAACCAUUGUUGACAAUACCCCUACAGGUACCCUGGUCAUCACUGUGUCUGCCUCCGAUGAAGACCUGGACAAGGUGCAAUACACCCUUCUGUCCAAUCUGCCAGAUUCCGGAUAUUUCUUUCUGAACCCAACUACAGGACAGAUCUAUCUGUCCAAGCCAGUGACGGACACAAAUGUCACCAGCAUGGUGUUUCAGGUUCAGGCCACUGACAACCGUGAGCCACCCAGAACCGCCAAUGCCACAGUUACGGUGAACAUUUUGCGGAACCGGCUCAGUCCAAGGUUUAUUGGUGAACCCUAUGAGAAUGAUAUCAGCUACACUACAGCCGAAUCCACCGUGGUCUCCAGGGUUAAUGUAACUGAUGGAGAUCGACGGGGAGUCAUGACGUACAAGGUCCUUCCAGGGGGGUUGGCAUCUGCUUUCUUCGAUGUGGGCCUAACCUCGGGGCAAGUCCGCAUCACCAACGCAGCCGAGUUACAAGCUGACCGAGAGUUGCGCUACCUGUUGCCUGUGAUUGGCUACGACUCGGCCUACCCGACUGACCAAGCUACGGCCACAGUGACGAUCAACGUAAACCGGAACCUCUACUCUCCAGUCUUCACAGAGGACCAGUACAUCGCCAAUGUCUAUGACAACACUGGACUCGGAGUGGUCAUCAAACAGGUCAAUGCUACAGACAGAGAUGCUGCGGGCUUGGUUCAGUACAAGAUCACCGGACCUGAACUGGCGAAGCAGUUCUACUUUAUUGACUCUCUCACUGGUCAGAUCUCCAUCAAGAAACUCCUCACGCAAGGCGGACUUUUAGCAAACACGAUAUUCAUCCAAGCCGUGGACUCUGGGAAUCCUUCUCGGGUCACUAACGGACGAGUUGCGGUGAACAUCAUUCGAGACCAAGGCCCUCCAGUGUUCCAGAGGACACCCUACAGGUCCGACAUACUGAAGACUGAGGCUGUUUUGUCCACCACAUUAACAGCAGAGGCACGGGACCCUGAUCCAAGGGGAGAUAUUAUAUACGAGUUGGAUGGAAAUUUCCCUGCACCAAACUUCUUUGCUGUGAACUCGACGACUGGUGUGGUGACUUUAAUCCGUCCAUUGGAUCAAGACUCCCUGAGCACCACAGAGUAUGAGCUGAAACUGGUGGCCUAUGAUACGGAGUACCCCCUGAACCGAGGAGUGACUACAGCCACGGUGACUGUCAAUCGCAACCCCAAUCUACCCGUAUUCAACCCGUCAAGAUACACCACAACCAUGGGCGAGGAAGCUUUGAUUGGCACAAAGAUAUUCAACAUAAACGCUACAGACGCUGAUGGGGAUUCCAUCACCUACAGCAUCCAGGGGGACCCAGAGGACCAGGAUUUCUUCUACGUGGAACCUCUCACAGGCGUACUCUCGCUCAAAAAAACCUUCAUUGACACCAACUUAAAGAUCUUUACGUUUAAUGUCGUGGCAGUGGACAGUGUAGGUGGUGUGUCCCCGGAUCUCGCUCUCGUCAGCAUCAGUGUUAAACGAGACGAGUAUCCACCAGCCUGGCAGAACAUUCCCUACAGGGAAUCCGUGCUGGAGACUGCCAGUCCUGGGGAAAUCAUUCUAGAUACUGAAGCCAUUGACAGGGACUCCAGCAGUCGACUUUUCUACUCCAUCGUGGGAGAAUUCCAGGCUCCAAGGUACUUCAGCAUCGACAACAGAACCGGAGUAGUCAGAGUGAAAGAUGACCUUCGUAAGGAUCUGGCCACCAGCUACAAUCUGAUCUUGGAAGUGUUUGAUGACCAGGCACCCAGGCAGAAGGUGCGCACUCGCAUGAUCGUGGACGUUACCCGUAACCCUGGUACGCCCUUCUUUACUGGCUCGCCAUACAGGAAGACCAUACAGGAGACUUACCCUCUGGCCACUGAAGUCGUCAGCAUUACUGCUAGUGAUCCAGACGUCGGGGAUGUUCUGUACUAUGAACUACCCAUUGUGAGCAAUAAUGCGAAGAAUCUGGAAUAUUUCUUCAUUUCGAGUGUUUCUGGUGAAAUCAUGCUGAAGAAGUCACUGACCAGAGAUGCAGACAGGGGUGCCUCUUUCACGUUGGUCGUGACGGCACGAGAUCAACAGCAGCCAGAAAAGACUGGCACUGCUACAGUGUUCUUGACUGUUCAGCGAAACAACUUAACUCCUCAGUUCUCCAGUAAUGACUUCACAGAGGAAAUAGGGGAAAAUGCACCUCCUGGGUAUUCCAUCAUUGACCUGGAAGCAACCGAUGCUGAUCGUUACGGUUCCAUGAAAUACAGAUUGACAGGAGUGGAUUCUGGUCCUUAUUACUUCAGGGUGAAUGAAACCACUGGUCUGAUCACGUUGGCAAACAGUGUUCGCAAUGACAUCACCAGAUUCAGAUACACGCUUGUGGUUGAAGCGUUUGAUUCUGCCUAUCCUCAAGAUUUAGCUACUGCUACAGUAUCUGUGAAUGUUCUGAGAAACCAAGAUCGGCCUUCUCUAAUUGGCUCGCCUUACAUCACCAGAGUCAAUGAGACCAUUCCAGUGGGCACAAGUCUGUUGACAGUACAGGCCUCAGAUCCUGAUGGGGACGCAUUGUACUACUCGAUUGUGGGACCUGCAGAUUCCCAGGCCUUGUUUUUCAUCAAUUCAUUGACGGGUGUCAUCACUUUGCAAUCACCCCUGAAUGACGCUGGAUUAACUCGUAAUUCCUACGUGCUGAAUGUUCAGAUUGCGGACCAGCGUACACCACGACAAGUAUUGAAUGUAGGAGCCACGGUGAAUGUCAUUCGGGAUGAGUAUGCACCUGUCUGGUUGAACGUCCCAAGGGCGUUGACUGUCCUGGAAACCGUAGCUGUCAAUUUUGUCAUCUUCACUGUCAGUGCCAACGAUGAUGACAGACAAGGGGACAUGAAUUAUGGUCUGAUUGGAGACUACCCAGCACCCAACUUUUUCUCUCUGAAUACCAGCAGUGGAGAAAUCUCGAUUAAAAGUGACUUGAAGCAAGAUGUAGUGCGCAAUAUGCAGUACACGCUACGUGUGACAGCCUACGACAAUGCCCGCAAGGACAGAACCAUUACUGGCCUGGUGACUGUAAAUGUGCAGCGUAACCCGAACACGCCAGCAUGGAACAGGACUCAGUAUAUCGUAGACAUCGCCCGUAACAAACCAGCGGGACAACUGGUGACAACGAUCGGUGCCACGGACAGGGACGUAGCGGAUAAGAUUACCUAUGAAAUUGUGGCGGAAGAUUUGAGAUCUCUAACCUCUGGAGCAUCCACAUAUUUCUACAUCGACUCUGAGACUGGUGAACUGACGCUGAGGAGAAGCCUCGAGGGUACCGGUCUCAACGAAAUAGAGCUGACCAUUCAAGCCUGCGAUGAUGGCUAUCCUCAGAAGUGUGCUAACACCAGUCUCCUCGUCCGUAUCUUCGGAGGAACCCAGCCACCGACUUUCUCUGCCAACUCUUACCAGGAAACCAUACCAGACACUUCCAGCCCUGGACUACUGAUAAAGCAGCUUUCCGCACAAGGCACCAAUGGGUCUGCAAACAUAGAGUUCGAGAUGGUCCCGCCUGGCUAUCCAUUUUUUUCAGUUGAGCGCAAGACUGGCAGAAUCACCUUGGCAUACAGUGUCUUUUAUGAGACGAGCUCUCGUUAUGAAUUCCAAGUUCAAGCGUAUGAUAUGAACUUCCCCAAUGUGCGUGCCACCGCCAGCAUGAUAGUCCUGGUGGAUCGUAACCCCAAUGGCCCGGUGUUCCUGGAGCCUUCCUAUAGCACCACAGUGGAUGAAGACUUGACACUGGGAGCUCUGAUCAUCAACACGACUGCCACAGAUGCUGAUGGAGAUGAUGUGAGGUAUGAAUUGCUGGGAAAUCAAGUGGAUAUGGACGCCUUUUUCGUGAACCCAGCCACGGGCGAAAUAUCUUUGAAGCAACCGCUCACCAUGGCCGCCAUCCAAAAUCUGCAAGAUUUUACCUUCACUAUUCGAGCGUCUGACCAGAGAAAACCAGUGCCGAAAACGGCUGAUGUGAACGUUGUGGUCCGUGUGAACCGCAACACCCAUUCCCCAGUGUUUGUACGACGGCCGUAUGACCAGGUCAUCGCAGAAACCUCCGCAGUUGCUUCUUUCAUCGUCAAAGUGUCAGCUGACGACGAAGAUAGGGUGGGAGACAUUCACUACAACCUCCUUGGAAUCUACCCAGCCCAAACAUUCUUUGCCUUGAAUACAACAACAGGUGAUUUAACUCUGGCCCGAUCACUGAUGACGGACUCCCUCAACAGACAGUCCUACAGGGUAAGAGUUGGAGCAUACGACACAAGUUAUCCAAAUGAUGUAACAACGGACGAAUUUACCAUUACGGUGAUGAGGAAUCAGAAUGGCCCAGUGUUCCAGCCAGGUGCUAGUUAUGUGAAGACCGUCGACGAAAACCUACCAGUGUUUGCUAAAGUGGAGACUAUCGUGGCUACAGAUAGAGAUCAAGGGGAUGUUGUGACCUACAGAUUGAUCAAUGCAACGAGUGACGGAUUGCAGUUCUUUUACCUCGAUGCAAACACUGGAGAGGUCUUUGUAAAGAAAGAUCUUUCUGACGCCAGAUUCCAGCCCUAUAUCCUUACCAUAGAGGCGGCGGACUCGCGUGGACAAGUGCAGUAUGCAACUCUGCAGGUCAAUAUCUUGUCCAACCGAGAACCUCGCUUUGUCAACAUUCCUUACCAGACUACUGUUGACUAUGAUCGUCCCAUUGGCUCAUUUGUCUUCCGAGUGUCUGCCGUGGACCCUGAUACCCAGGUGCCGUUGCAGUACGAGUUGGUUGGUGUACCCCCUGGCACGGACUACUUUUAUCUGAACGCUAGCACAGGUGUGAUCUCUAUUCAGCAGAAUCUAACAAACGACCCACGUGUUGGCAGACUCUACACUCUGCGUGUUGAAGCAUUCGAUCCCAGCUAUCCAAACAUGCGCGCUAGUGCUGAUGUCCUUGUUAUUUGUGAUCGUAAUCCUAACCCACCCGUCAUCACUCAGUCAACGUCUACCUCUGCCUCUAUCCGUGAAAACUUUCCCGAAGGAGGCUUCGUCAUUUCUGUGAAUGCCACAGACAUUGACCAGGGUCAGACCAUCCGCUAUGAAAUUCUCACCAAUCAGAAUGGCCUUGAAGCGAACCAGUUCUUCUACAUUCAUCCAAUCACUGGCCAGAUUUACACCAUCGCAGAUCUUCGUAAAGCACCCAAGAACAUCUACCUGUUUACGGUGAUCGCCCGUGAUAAUGGCAUUCCCUCCAAGUCUACCAGCAUUACUGUCCAGAUAACCAUCUACCGCGACGCGUCCAAUCCUCGCUUCAUCGGCGAGCCAUACUCUGUGGACAUCCUGGAGACCGCUCCAGUUGACGGGUCCAUCUACAUGGUGUCUGCCACCGAUACAGAUCGCCUUGGCCAUAUUGUGUAUGAAGCAGUUGGGGAUGGUUCCACUCUGGCAUAUUUUGAUGUCAACACCACCACUGGAGACGUAAUUGUCAAACAGGAUUUAACCAAGGACAACAUCGGUGUUUACUAUCUGAGGAUCCAGGCUUAUGACAGCGUGUACCCGACAAACAGGGCCGAGGCUGUAGUGAGGAUUAAUGUCAACCACAACCCAUCAGCUCCCGUGUUCAGCCCAGACAUUUAUGUGGCCAACAUCCCAGAGACUUUCCUCGUCUCCAAUGUUAUAGUGGACAUCAACGCAGUGGAUAAUGAUCGGGAUCCCAUCACCUAUACCCUGUUUGGAGAUACCUUGGACUACUUCUUCAUUGUCCCACAGAGUGGUCAAAUUCAGUUGAAGAAAAGCCUGCUAAAUUCUGGUGUAACGAGAUUUGAUCUUGUUGUGGAGGCCUCUGAUAACCGACAGCCCCCUGCCAGGAGAAAUGUUUCGGUGACCAUCAAUGUUCAGCAGUUUAACCAGCGCCCUGCCUUCAACAACUUGCCCUACCGAGCCACAGUGCUGGAAUCUGCUGUGGUGUCCAGCUCCGUGUUCAGAGUUGAUGCCGAAGAUGGUGACAGGCUGGGUGUCAUGAACUAUGAGCUUAUCGGUGAUGGGACGGCCACGAGCUAUUUCGGAGUGAACAGAACCAGUGGUGUGAUUUCUCCGCGCAUUAGCCUCAAGCUAGACACUGUUCCCACUUACAGGUUACGUGUGAUAGCGUACGACACGGCAUUUCCUAAUGAACAGACAACAGCUACAGUAGAUGUGACUGUGCAGAGGAACCCAGGAACCCCAAGGUUCUCAGAGAACCCUUACCGUAUCACCGUGUCGGAAAAUCUGCCACUGGGUAACUUUACAUACUCGGUUCUUGCAGUGGACCCAGAUGGGGAUGAAGUAGAAUACAGCCUUGUACCAAACAACAUAGCAGAGAACUUAUUCCUGGUGAAGCCUCGCUCUGGUGACAUCUUCUUAACUGGAGAUCUUCGCAAAACUUCACUCCCAACUGUAACAAUCAAUGUUCAGGCCUCAGAUGGCCGACUCGCAUCGCCGAACACUGCAGUGGCUUCUGUCAUUGUCACGAUACGCCGCAAUGCCCUACCCAGGUUUGACGCCACCUACAGCGGUCUGCUGGUAGACACAGAUCCAGUAGGCAAAGCCGUUGUCAAAGUGUCUGCGACAGACCCAGACAGCAAUGUUCCACUGGUAUAUGAAAUUGUUGGGGUGUACCCAGCACCCACUUUCUUUAACAUUGUGUCAAACGGAACUAUCUACCUUGAUCAGAAUCUCAAACAGGAUUUCCUCGGGCUGACAACUUACACGGUGCAAGUAAAGGCGUACGAUCCAACCUAUCCUGACCAGUACGCCCUAACAAACAUCCCAGUGACUGUUACACGUAACAGCCAGGCUCCAGAGUUCAACGAGACUUCAUAUUCCGUGACGGUGCGCGACAACCACCCAGUCGGUACAUCUGUCCUCACCACAUACGCUUUUGACAGGAACCAGGAUCCUCUAACCUAUUACCUGGAAAGUGACUCAAGUCCUUCGGGUUUAGAGUCGAUGAAUUUCUUCCGGAUAGAGUCCAAAACAGGAGAGAUCUACCUCAGACGCCCUCUUACUGAAUCUACUCUCACCAGGUUCACUAUGUUUGCCCGUAUUGCUGACAAGGGCCCACCUUCUCGGAGUGCCAGGAUCGCAGUCACCGUCAAUGUGAUCCGUGACCAGAAGCCAUUCUUUGUCAACCCCCCGUUCCGAGCUUCCACUCAGGAGACACUGAGUGUUGGUGUCAGUGUUAUCAGCGUAGAGGCUAGAGACACAGAUUCAGCUACUGGUGUUGUGUACCAGGUGACGGGAAUUGAACCAGCAUCCACCUAUUUCGCUAUCCAGAACAACCGCUCUGGGUUGAUCACUAUUGCACAAAACCUCCGCCUGGAUAGAGCACUCCAGUACAAGUUGAGAGUGGUCGCAUUUGAUCCGAGCUAUCCCAAAGUCCAAGCGUCUGCCACGGUUACCAUCGAUGUUCAGAGGAACAUCAACCCUCCUCAGCUGACCAGCACUACAUACAGAGCAACUGUGAGUGAUACAGCCAAACUUGGCACCAUGGUUGUCAGCCAGAUCAACGCCACAGAUCGCGACGGAGAUGAUUUAUCGUAUCGCUUGACGGGUUCUAGCCAAUGCCAGCAAUACCUAUACAUGGACUCUUCCACAGGCAAAGUUUCUCUCAAACAGCUGCUCCGUGGGGUCAACAUUAACCAAUUGAUCUGUACUGUAGAGGUGUCUGACAACGCCUACCCCACCCCCAAGACGGACACUGCCCAGCUGGUCAUUGACGUCACGGGCAUGGCUCCGCCCACAUUCAACCCAGUCCAGUACAACGCAAAUGAGCAGGAAACUAGUCCAGUGAACAAGACCAUACUGACAGUCAGUGCAACCAAACCUAACAUUACGGGUCAAAUUGCCUAUGAACUGGUUGGUGAUUACUCUGCUGAGGCCUUCUUCCGAGUGGAUCCGUCAUCUGGAGAGGUUAAGAUCAAGCAGGACCUUAGGAAUGACAACCUCCAACAGCUGACCUAUACGGCAUACAUCGCUGCCUACGACACGGCUUACCCCGAGGUGCAGCGCACAGCCACCGUGGUAGUCCAGGUGGGACGCAACCCCAACUCCCCACAGUUCACCCCAAACAGUUACCAGACAACCCUCAACGAGAGUGUGGCGGUGGGACACCCCGUCAAGGACCUGGUUGUCGCAGACCCAGACGGAGGAGCUGUCACAUGUGCCAUCAUCGGUGAUGCCAAGUCACAAGAGUACUUUGAAGUAGACAGGACAACGUGUGUUCUGAGGGUGAAGAAACCCCUUACAGGAGACCCGGACAGAUCCACACAGUAUGAUAUAUCCAUUCAGGCCACAGACAGCGAUAAACCCCCCAGCAACUCGUUAGCCACGGUCACUGUGAGAGUUAAUAGAGACCUGUCCGCUCCCAUUUUCCAAAACCUCCCCAAUGCUGUUCAGGUCAGAGAGGCUACCAUCGCAGGCUCACAAGUUUUCAUCGCCAUUGCAACUGAUAAUGACAGAAAGGGUUCGAUGCAUUAUGAGAUGAUUGGGGACUAUCCAGCAAAUAUCUUCUUCAUGGUGAACAAAACCACAGGUCAAGUGACCAUCAGAAAUGCCAUUAAGACAGACUCUUCUGCUGUCCCAGUGUACAAUGUUAGGAUACAGGCCUAUGACUCUGCAUACCCAAACAACAGGGUCACUGCUGUACUCUCUGUAACCGCUCUGCGGAACCCCAGCACCCCGGCAUUCAGCAGUUCCACAUACACAAAGACCAUUUCAGAUACAUUUACCCCAGGAACCACUGCCGUCCAGCUCACAGCCACCGAUGCCGAUCUCGAUAAACUUCUGUUCGUGAUGGAAGCCGAUGCGUUUGUCAAGCAGUACUUCUAUGUCGUCCCUGACACGGGAUCCAUCAGUUUACUCAAGCCUCUUGUGGGCCUUCAAGCAAACCAGCGACAGUUUGAUUUCAAUGUCCUCGUGACUGACCAGAGAACACCAGCCAAGACAAACCGUGCACGUGUUGUUAUAACGGUCGAUGCUGACUUCCCUCCAGCUUUCCAGGGCCUUCCAUACACGCCCACAGUUGAUGUGAACAGCGCAGUCAACGCAACAGUCUUCACUGUCACCGCCACAGAUACCAACAUCAAUGGACAGGUUCGUUAUCGACUCGAUGGCUUCGAACCAGGAAUCCAGUACUUCUUUAUCGAUCAGGUCAGCGGCCAACUUAAAGUGAAGAACAGUCUUAGUGCGGAUAUAUCUGGAACAAGAACGUACACAUUGGGAGUAAAGGCAUACAACACACUCAACCCCAACCUGGAGUCCACAACCACCAUCACCAUGACGGUCAACAGGAAUCUCUACGCCCCGGAGUUCUCACCUAGGUCUUAUUUUGGGAAUGCUAAUGACUACGACCCUAUUGGCAAGAGUCUGUUGAGCAUAUCUGCCAGCGAUGGUGAUAUCGUCUCCCCAGAGAACUAUUUCACCUAUUCUCUUGCCACAACAGCACAAACUGAAUAUUUCACUGUGAAUCCAGUGACUGGUAUUCUUACCAUCAAGAAACCCUUCGCCAUGGACACCAGCAACAGGGGUCAGUAUAAUAUUCAAGUUUUGGCUACUGAUCAAGGAAGGCCCAGCAGAACUGCUACAGCCAAUGUACAAAUUACUGUAGCACGUAAUUUAAAUGCUCCAGAGUUUUUGACCAGCCCCACAGGCUACAGAAGGACUGUGCGAGAAGAUUUCAACAUCAGCGAACCCCUGAUCGUCUUGUCGGCCAGAGACCUCGAUUCGUCGUCUUCUCUAAACGGUCAGUUCUCCUUCAGUAUUACUGGACCAUCAUCGGCCACCAAUGUCUUCAUGAUCGACCCUGUCUCUGGCGUACUGAAGCCUCGCUUCAGCCUGGUCUAUGCGGACCUAGAUCAGUACACUAUGACAGUGGAGGUGCGAGACAAGGGCAACCCAUCCAAGGCUCAACAACAGACGGUUGUCAUUGACAUCACCAGAGGCAGUAACCCGUCCUUUGGUUCAUCAGAGUACAUAGUUCAACUGGAAGACACUACUUUGCCUGGUACUGUUAUCAAACAGCUGACUGCCAUUGACCCUGUACCUAGUGGCCGGUUGCAGUACAGUAUCACUGGCCAAGGGAAAGCACCGGAAAUUUUCGAUAUCAACCCCAACAAUGGUAAUGUGACCCUGAAAAAGAGCUUGAGAAAUGACACCUCUGUGUCCACCUAUCUUAUCCUGGUGGAAGCCCACAGAGAAGGCGCCCCGAGUGAAAAGGGGAUGACCAGUAUCCGGGUAAUCAUCAGUCGUAAUGGCAACUUCCCCGUGUUUACUCUUGCUUACCUCAACUUCACCUUACCUGAGGACUAUCCAAUUAGUAAGGUGUUUGGCCAGGUGAAUGCCACAGAUGCCGAUAUAGGUGAAGGUGCUCGUAUAACGUACACCAUGCAGUCGGCUCACAACUUGUUCUAUGUGAAUCCCAACUCUGGACAGCUCAGUGUGAUCUCGCCUUUGACACAAGACACUGCUCCGGACUAUCGCUUCUACAUCCGUGCUGAAGACCAUGGCCUCCCACCCAAGUCGGCAACUGCCACAAUCCAUGUCAAAGUGAACAGGAACUCUAACGCUCCAGUGUUUACACAAACCAGAUACUUUGCUAAUAUAUCAGAAACUGAUUUGAAAGAUAAAUCAGUGAUAAAGGUGUCUGCUAAGGAUACCGACACCCAAACCGUGAGUUACAGCAUCCGUAGGAACCCACCAGAUUCCCUUUACUUCAAAAUUGACCCCAGUAGCGGAGAGAUCAAACUAGCAGCCCGGGUCAAUGAUAUAACAACCUCCAUGUUUACCUUCACUGUGGAGGCCAGUGACAACCAGACUCCUGUCAAAUAUGGGGAAGCUCAAGUGGAAGUGACGGUAAUCCGCAAUGCUAACGCGCCAUUCUUCCCUCAGACUAGCUACAGAGUCACCAUCGGGGAGUACACCCCAAUACAACGCUCCUUAAUAAACGUGUCUGCUACAGAUGGGGACAGCCCUGAUACGGCAAGCGGCCAACUCGAAUACACAUUCAUUGAGAGCUCGAAAUACUUUUACAUCUCGCGUAGCAAUGGUAUUGUCUACCUUACCAACCCCCUGGCCAAUCCAGACUCUCAGAGCCAGUAUAACUACACAGUACGUGUGACGGACAACGGCUCCCCGCAAAAAACAGCAACUGUGCCGCUCACCAUCAACAUCGUGCGCAACGAGCAUACUCCAACAUUCAUCUUAACAAGCUAUAAUACCACGGUUCCGGACACGUUGGCGAUUGGCAGUACUGUUCUCUCUGUUGGGGCUUAUGACGCUGACCAGGACAGUCCCUACAACAGAGAUACUCCAAAUGCCAAGCUGAGGUUUACUGUUGACAAUCCUAAUGCUGCAAGCUACUUCAGUGUUGUUGGCAAUGGAACAGUGGUAGUUAACAACUAUCUGGCUUACGAUCCCGAGAAGAACCCCAAGUACACAUUUAAUGUAACGAUCAGUGAUAGUGGCUGGAACCCGAAAUAUGCCAAAGUUACGGUCACUGUGAAUGUGAGGCGUACAGCAGUCACGCCAGGGCAGCUCCACUUCAGUCAGAAACAAUACUAUUUGGAAGUUCCUGAGAACCACGAGGUUGGUGGCAAAUCAAUCAAUGACAAAGGUUUUCUGUACCAACUGGACGCUGUUGAUCAGCAGGUCAGCCUGCAGGUUUCGUGUUCCAUUGAAGAGGGAGAUCCAGAAGAUUUGUUCAUUACACUACCAGAUAAUUUCAAGAAAAACUGUAACCUGUACCUAAAAGGGUCGCUUAACCGCGAGAGUGUGAGUCGUCAUGAACUGACCGUGUCCGUCGUUCACGUGGCCGAUGCACAGCGCAGACGAAAGCGGCAAGAUAAUGUGUUUGCCAAGGAUUACACGACUGUGGUGAUUGUCGUGUUGGAUAUCAACGACAAUGAUCCAAAGUUCGUGUACCCGGUAUACCCUAAACAGACCAGUGUACCACAGGGAACGCUGUCUAAUUAUUACGGGAUUGUAGACCGCAAUGCUGACGCUGGUAUCACCAUCCUCAGACUCAACGCAACGGACAUUGAUUUGAAGGAGAAUGGAACUCUAGGAGUGAUCUUCCAGAAGGAGGCUGACCGUGAUGCUCGGACUCCAUUCAUGGUCCUGGAAAAUGGGGAGGUAAUCCUUGAUGAUAAGGUAGAUCAGGUGACAGACACUGAUCUGGAGCCCUACAGAUUCACGGUGAUAGCCGAAGAUCGUUAUGGCCAGGUCGCCUCCAGGACUUCCUCGUCAAAUGUUAUCGUAAACGUUGUGGAGAACAAGAACCGCUACCUUCUGGAGAUAGAUGGUGCCCUAAUGGAUCUCGUUCCAAGGGAGGAAACCAUCAGGAGGGUUCUACAAAACAGCUUGGACAGAGUUAUCCUGAUUGAAGGCAUGGAGAAAUCUGCCACAGAUGGAAAGACCAGUGUAAACUUUGUACAGAUCGAUCCAGUAUCAGAUGAGAUACUUGUGAGAAGCUCCGACUUGACUGUUGAGUUUACGAAUGAGAUAGAGGACAAUAUCCAAGCCGGCUUGAAUGACAACGGCAUUGUGUAUCAGAAGAUUUACGAACCGAGCGUAAGCGCCUUAGCAACCCGGCCGAUGAAGUCCUAUGUGUGGUGGAUGGACGAUCCCUGGGCGGCUCUCAUUGCCCUGGCCGCCAUCAUCAUUCUCCUCUGCAUCAUUGGAAUUAUCAUUAUCAUCUUCACAUGGUCCAGGUACACCAAAUACCAGCAUCAGUUCCGCACGUUCUACGGCGCUGGUGCAUAUGAAACCCAGCCAGAGUUCCAGGAGCCACCCAGCUUCCUGCGGGAGUAUGAAACACAGUCACUGAAUAUGUACGUGCCCCCUGAUGAAGCCGUACAGGAGCAGGGUGAGAUUAACAUGAUCUUUGAAGGGGACAACCCUCCCAAAAUAGUCACGGACCCGGGUGUGUCCGCAGCCAUUAACCCCAUAUACCAAAGUAAUGACCAAGGUCAGAAGACUGGAUACUCUGAAAGCACGACCAUCCUCUGAUGUAACUGCAUUGAGAUACGAACCAGAUGCGACGCAAAAAUCAAAACGUUUCCCAUCUUGUAACUGCAAUAAUAAUCGAACUGUGUUGUGAUUGUCUUUUUAAAUGUUAAACUAUGGCGUGAAUCAAAUGUUUCCAAGCCUUGAUGUGUAUAUUGGGACCAUGCCUAAUUAAAUAUCAAUUUUGUAUAUAAAUUCAUGUAUAUCAAAGGCAAAUUCGGUCAAAUUUUAAUAAGGCUGAUCUUGUGAUGCUUUGUGUUUUUUGUUUUUUGUUUUUUUUUUAACAUCUUUCUGCUUUUAAUCUGUUGAAGAGUUGUCAGUUUACUGACAUUGAAGGUUAAUUAGCUUGUUAAUCCUGGAGCAGAGGGACUUUGUUAAGGUUUAAUUAUAAUUGUUACAUUUGUCAAAGUCGAUCACAAAGUUUAUUGCUAGCGUUUAAAGGAAGCGCAGAAUUUUCUGUGCAGUUUGUAUGCAUGUAAUACAUUUUUCUUUACGUUUUUCCUCGUCCUUUUUUUAUAGGUUACAAUUGUCCAAAGAAUGUCUGCAGUAGUUCACAAGUCCCACUUCUUCUUAAUAAAACUUAUUUUCAAAUGUGUUUUUU